GGUCAAUCUGUCUAUACUACAUGUAUUACAUAAAAUGUAUAGUAUAUAAUGCAACACACAGUGGACAGGGAAUAGAUUAUUAAAUCGACAGGUGCUCGAGAUCUGUAUUACAUUUAAUAAAUGAUGGACUUGAAAGCAGUUCUGUUGGUGGCAGUGUGCUUUUGUGUGAUGCCAGUCCAAGUGGGAGGGUGGAAAUACAUAUACUACCAGUACUUCAGCCUGCUGACAAAGUACAAGCAUCUGUACGGUGAGCUACAGGAACUGAAGGAUUUAUUAGCUUCCCUCACCAAAGGUGCGAAAGGAGAACCGGGACCAGCCGGAAUAAAUGGGGCCAACGGCGCGCAGGGAGACAAAGGAGACAAAGGGACAGCUGGGUCCCAGGGGGCCAAGGGGGAUCAGGGAAUAAAGGGUCACAAAGGAGAUGUGGGCCCAAAGGGCGAGCCCGGGACUCAAGGUACUGUUAUCAGCAUGGACAGUAUGGGCAAGCAACGUGCCCAGAGGGCAAAGGGAGACCUGGGCUUGAUUGGUAAAAAGGAACAUCAGGGUCCCAGUGGAACUAAAGGUGAACAAUAAGAGGGAUUUGUUGAUUUACACGACCUCCCAUUACCAAAGACCCACUUGAUGAGAACCAGUAAAAUGACCUAGGCUAAUGAUGCCUCUUUGUUCGUCAUACAAACACGGCAUGUUUGUUGUAUUUGCUGUGUUAUUACACUUCAACAAACAGCUUUUACAUAGUCAGACUUUUGCAGACUCUGGAAGUUUAUUAUAUUAUUAUUUAUUAUAAUGGUUUGAUACUUUUGUUGUUAUUUAAUCUUUGUUAUAUCUAAUGUAAAAUUAAAUGCAUUGCAAAUGCAAGAUUCCAAUUUAAACUUUCUUGUUUG